AUGAGCCCGGUACCAGGGAGAAAGAGACGCGCCUCUGGUGAAGCCCCAGCCCCGCCUGCUAAACGCGAACCGAAGACCGACCCCAAGCCCGAGUCCGGCACUCAGCCUGCCGAGGAAAUGCCUACUCAGAGCAUGUCCAAGCAGCAGACCCCUGGGUCUGACGAUCGUAUCUCGGAGACAUCUGAGAAAGACGCUACUCCUCCCGCAGGCUCGACUCCCGAACCUUCGCUCCCGAUUGUCGAUCCUGUUCAGGAAGACGACGUCGAGACAAACAACGUGUCUGGUAUUCCCGACGGGAAUCCAAAGACACAGGCUCCAAGCAAGGGAGUUAGAUGGACCAUCCCUGGAAUGCGACCGGGCACGAUGCAUUCAAUUCGCAAGGUGAUAUUGCCUGAGAGGGACUUUGUCAGCCGAGAAGGCAAUGCAGCGGUGCGGUAUCCCGAAGGUCACAUUGCCCACCGCACGCUUCAGGCCAAGAAGUCAAAAUGGCUCGCUGAGCUCGACAUUGAGAAGUCCUUGCUGUUGGGUGAGCUUCGCCUGAUGUCUACCUCCGACCAGUUUUUGACAUUUUUGAAACCUUACCACGUCUUUUCCAACCUAACCAUCGUUUACCACGAGCCACAACUCCAACACAUUCAGAAACGGUCCAUGAUGUGCGAGCAUAUCCCUGCGAAGACAAAAUGGCCAUCACAGAUUCGACCGCGACCGCCUUGA